AUGGACGCGCGCGCGCGCGCGCGUCGAUCGAUCGACCACGUCGCGGACGGAGAGACGGCGGCGGUGAACGCGCACCUGCGACGAUUCUUCGAGCGACACGCGAAUGGGUUGGUGAAAAAGUUGCGAGAGGAUGACAAUUACUCUUCGUGGGCGCGAGUGAAGUCAAAGGCGCUGAAGAAGGAGCUCACCGAAGCCGUGGGGGCGUGUGAGAUCAUCGAACGCGAGCUCGAACGCGUCGGGACGUCGAUGGUGGAGGAGGUGGUGGGAGACGUGAGAGUGUUCGACGUGUGCUGCGGGAAAGGGAUGACGUCGUGCGUCGCGGCGGCGUCGAUCGUGAACUGCGACGUCAUCGCGGUGGAUCGAGAUAAGAGGAUGAACAUGAAACACCUAGCGAGCGAACAGAAGAUUACGUUCAAAGAGAUGGACGCGUACGACGAAGCGGUGGAUGAGAUGAUGCGAGACGCCAAACUGAGCGGAAAAGUCGUCGUCGUGUGCGGAGUGCACCUGUGCGGAGACCUCUCGAGGCGAGCGAUCGAACUCUUCGCGCGGUGGGGGGAUAUAUUAGUAUUGUCACCGUGUUGUUUAGUUCGCGAGGUGCGCGCUUGGAAGCGGCCGUGUGGGGAGUUUGGAUACGGUCUCGCGCGCGCGGCUCGAAGGCUCGAGGCGGACUCGCACGAUUUGUGGUGUAAACUGCUCCUGGCGCACGUUCCGACGCACUUAGGGAGCGAAUUUGCCCCGGUGAGCAAACGAAUCGUCGUCGAUGACGCCUUGCUGAGCGAGAAGAAUCGUUUCAUCGUCGCUAGAAGGGAACGACCCCGAAGCGCGUGUGUCUCUUGCGAUGGUGAAGAAUUUUCAUGGAAAGUUACAAACAAGUAG